AUGCCUAUUUGCUGGAAAAGUAGUCAUGUUGAUUUUAUUUUUCAUGGCAGUCCCCUCCACUGCAUAGAUCCAGGAAAUGAUACACAAAUUUCAGAAUUUCUUCUUAUGGGAUUUUCAGAGACAUCGGAUUUGCAGCCCUUCAUAUUCUGGCUGUUCCUCUCCAUGUACCUGAUCACUUUGUUUGGAAACCUGCUCAUCAUCACGGCCAUCAUCUCAGAUUCCCACCUCCACACUCCCAUGUACUUCUUCCUCUCCAACCUGUCCUUUGUAGACAUCUGUUUCACCUCCACCACCAUCCCAAAGAUGCUGCUGAACAUCCAGACACACAGCAAGAUCAUAUCCUAUGAAGGAUGCAUCACUCAAAUACACUUUUUUCUACUCUUUGUAGGAUUGGAUGACUUUCUCCUGACCAUCAUGGCCUAUGACCGAUUUAUGGCCAUCUGUCACCCCCUGCACUAUACGGUAAUCAUGAACUCCUGGAACUGUGGGCUGCUGGUUCUGGUUUCCUGGAUCAUAGGUGUUCUAAAUUCCUUGUCACAAAGCUUAAUGGUGUUGGGGCUAUCAUUUGGGACAGUCUUGGAAAUACACCACUUUUUCUGUGAACUUAAUCAGGUGGUCCACAGUGCCUGUUCUGACACCUUUCUCAAUGACCUGGUGAUAUAUUUUGCAUUAGGACUGCUGGGUGCUGGACCCCUUGCCGGUAUCCUUUACUCUUACUGUAAGAUAGUUUCCUCCAUACAUAAAAUCUCUUCAGCUAGAGGAAAGUAUAAAGCAUUUUCUACCUGUGCAUCUCACCUCUCAGUUGUCUCCUUAUUUUAUUGUACAAGCCUAGGAGUGUACCUUAGUUCUGCUGCUACACACAACUCACUGUCAAGUGCCACAGCGUCAGUGAUGUACACUGUGGUCACACCCAUGCUGAACCCCUUCAUCUACAGUCUGAGGAAUAAGGACAUAAAGAGGGCUCUCAAAAGAUUCUUUGGGAGGCAAACUAGAAAAGGACCGAUUACACUAUGA